UCCCCCCCCGCAUUGCCGCCGCCGUCGCUGCUGCAGGAAAGCGCCAGAAGCCGCGCGGGUCCGGCCCCGCCAUGAGCCCCGGGCCGUGCCUGCUGCCGCUGCUGCUGCUGCCCCUGCUGCGCGCGCUGCCGCUGAAGGAGGAUGAGGCGCCCGCGUCCCCGGGGCAGGGGCCGGAGGCGGCCGCGGGCUCCCCGCUGCCCACGCGGGGCCUGGCCGAGCUGCUGGACGGCGCGGCGCUGAGGACGGGCUUCGCGCCGCCGGCGGCUGCCGCCGAGCCGCCCCCCGCCCGGCCGCCCGGGACAGCGGCGGGGGCCGCGGCCUCCCCUCCGCCCCGGCUCCUCCCCACCGCCGCCCCCGCCGCGCAGCGCCCCCGCGCCGCCACCCCCGCCGCCACGGGCACCUUCGGCCCCGACGGCGACGACGAGACCACCACCACCCUCAUCACCACCACCACCGUCACCGUCACCGCCCUGCGGCCCGCCGCCUGCGCCCAGGAGCUGCGGGGGCCCGAGGGGCUGGUGGAGUCGCCGGCGCGCGGCCCGGACCUGGGGGGCGUGGACUGCACCUACGACAUCGCCGUCUACCUGGGCUACGGCAUCGAGGUGCAGGUGCAGAUGCUGAGCCUGCCCGACGGGGCGGCGCUGGCGGUGGAGGGGCCGGGCCCGGCCGGGGGCCCCCCGGUGCUGCUGGCCAACGCGUCGCUCAUGGCCGAGGGCCGCGUCCUGCGCAGCCCGAGCAACCGCCUGCGCGUGCGGUUCCGCAGCGGCGCCGCCCGCGCCCCCGGCGCCUUCCGCCUGCGCUACCAGGCCUUCCUGCUGAGCUGCGCCUUCCCCAGCCAGCCCGACAACGGGGAUGUCACCGUCACCGACCUGCACCCGGGUGGCUCCGCCACCUUCAAGUGCGCGCCUGGCUUCCGGCUGCAGGGCGCCGAGACCCUCGUCUGCCUGAACGUGUCGCGGCCGCGCUGGAGCGGGCCCAGCCCCCUCUGCCUGGCGGCGUGCGGGGGCCUGGUGCGCAACGCCUCGCGGGGCCGCCUGGCACUGCCAGGGGCGCCCGGCCCGGGCCUGGGCCUGAGCCUGAGCCUCAACCUGAACCUGAGCUGCCGCUGGGAGCUGGAGGCGGCGCCGGGGCAGCGUCUGCACCUGCACUUCGAGCGCCUGGCGCUGGACGAGGACGCCGACCGGCUGGUGGUGCGCGGCGGCGUGGCGGCCCAGGCCCCUGUGCUCUUCGACUCGGACGUGGACGACGUGCCCGAGCGCGGGCUGCAGAGCGACGGCCCCCACCUCCAGCUCAGCCUGGUGUCCGAUGGCGCCCGCGCCCCCCCGCUGCUGGCGCUGCGCUACGAGGCCUUCUCCGCCGACCGGUGCUACGAGCCCUUCCUGCCCCACGGCAACUUCAGCAGCACCGACCCCAGCUUCGGGCCCGGCGCCCUCGUCACCUUCGCCUGCGCCCCCGGCUACGCCCUGGCACCCGGCCCCCGCACCAUCCAGUGCCAGGGGGCGCCGCCUCGCUGGAACGGCUCCGAGCCCCUUUGCAAAGCGCUGUGCGGGGGGGAGCUGUCGGAGCCGGCCGGCGUGGUGCUCUCCCCCGACUGGCCGCAGAGUUACGGGCCGGGCCAGGACUGUGUCUGGACCAUCCACGUGCAGGAGGAGAAGCGGGUGCUGCUGGACAUGGAGAUCCUGAACCUGCGGGGGCGGGACACGCUGACGGUGCUGGACGGGGCUGGGCUGGCGGGGCGGGUGCUGGGACAGUUCCUGGGCUCCCGGCCCCGCUUCCAGCUCACGUCGUCCGGGGCCGCGGCCACUGUGCAGCUGCAGGCCGACCCCACCGGGCCCCCGCCGAGCCCCAGCCAGGGUUUCCUGCUGCGCUACGCCGAGGUGGACCGCAACGACACAUGCCCCGAGCUGCCGGCCGUGCCAGGAGGCUGGCGCUCGGCCUCGCAUGGCGCCCUGAUCCGCGGCACCGUGCUCACCUUCCAGUGCCAGCCCGGCUACGCUCUGGUGGGCGCCGACGUGCUCACCUGCCAGUGGGACCUGGCCUGGAGCGGCCCCCCCCCCGCCUGCCGCCGCGUGGUGAACUGCGUGGACCCCGGCGAGGUGGCACACGGGAGGCGCAGUGCCUCGGACGGGCGCUUCCCGCUGGGCGCGCAGGUGCGGUUCCGCUGCAACGAUGGGUACGCGCUGGAGGGCGCUGCCACGCUGACCUGCCACGCGCGCGACACCGGCGCGCCCAAGUGGAGCGACCGUGUCCCCAAGUGUGUCUUGCAGUACGAGCCCUGCCUCAACCCGGGUGUGCCGGCGCACGGCUACCAGACGCUCUAUAAGCACCACUACCAGGCGGGCGAGUCGCUGCGCUUCUUCUGCUACGAGGGCUACGAGCUGCUCGGACACGUCACCAUCACCUGCCUGCCCGGGCGGCCCAGUGCCUGGACCGGGCCCCCGCCGCGCUGCAAGGUGGCCUACGAGGAGCUGCUGGAUGAGCGCAAGCUGGAAGUCACCCAGACGACAGACCCCUCCCGCCACAUGGGGGGCGGGGGCCUGGCACUCGCUGUCUUCCUGCCCGUGGCCCUCGUCCUGCUGCUCCUUGGCGCCAUCUACGUCUACUACACCAGGUUCCAGGGCAAGUCGCUGUUUGGGUUCUCGUUUUCCAGCUCGCACAGCUACAGCCCCAUCACCGUCGAGUCUGACUUCAACAACCCGCUCUACGAGGCUGGCGACACCAGGGAGUACGAAGUCUCCAUCUGAAGGCGCCGGGUGGGGGUGGGGGGGGCCAUGAGGCCCCUCCUGCUCCCCUCCCCCAAAACACAGGCCGGGGCUGGGCCAGGACUGGACCCAGGAUGCCAUGGCCCCAUUUCCACAAGGGGGGGGUCCGCCACCUGGCUCCCGAGCCAUCCCAGCAUGCCUUGCGGCCCCCCCAGCCCCACCCUGUAAAUACCCAGGAUUCCAUGUGCCAAGGCUCACGCACCCCGUUCCCCCCCCAGCUUCAUUACCGUCAUGACCAAGGUCCUCACUCCUCCCCACCGCCCGGUUAAUUUAUAUCAAGCGUCCUAUUUAUUUCUGUAUUUAUUAAUUUAUUUGUGGCAGGUUGAGGAACGGGGCCCCCCAGCAGUUAGUUCACUGUCCCCUUUAAGGGCCUAAAACAAGGGCAGGAGGGAAAUUGUGUUAGAGCAUGCCCCUUUAAGGGGGGUUAAAAAAAAUGCUUCCAGGCUAUAAAAAUCAUGCAGGAGGAUGUUUAUUCCGAGUCCUCGAAGAGCAUAGGCUUUUGGGAAGGGAAUCCCUUUAAGGAAUUUUAAAUAAAAAUGGGAGGGGAUUUACUCCCCAGAGCAUCCCUUUAAGGUCCAUUGCUUGGCUUGAGUGCAAGGGGGGGCUUUUAGUUUGGAACAUCCCUUUAAGAUUUAAAGCAACAGAUGGGGGAGGGAUGGCUCUAAGUAAUCUGGGGGAUACUAAAGCAGGCCUUUAAGGGCUUGGUAAGGGGAACUGUGGUGAAGGGAGGAGCCCUCAUCCCUUUAAGAUCACAGCUAUUCCUUUAAGAGUGCCAUUACCUUUAAGAAAUGGAGUGUAGGAGGGCAAAUAUUCCUGUGCCAUUCUUCGGACGGAUACCCCCAGAAGGGGGAAAGGGGGGGAGAGGUGUCCCACAGGCCCCGCCUCCCCGGGGGGGUGUCCUAGCCCCACUUCCGGCCCGUUGGAGCAAUAACAAUAAACGAGGGAAUCGCCUUUGUACAA